UGUAGCAUGAUUGCUCCAGCCAAACUCAUUCCAAUACACCUAAGCCCCUACUACCAUUAUAUAUAACACACCAACUGAAUCCAUCUUAGUCAUCUUGGCAAGAGGUACCCAUUUCAUCAGAAGAAAUCAUGAGCAAAACCACCUUCGGUCUACUCCUCAUCAUCUGCGUGGCCGCGUUGCAUGCAGAUGCAUCACAAGAGGCUCAGCUCAGAGAGUUCAUCCGGUCCAGAAGGAGGAGUAGUGAUGCCUACAUAGUAGAUGAGACGAGGCUACGAGUUAUUGGUACUGCCAGAAGCCUCGGAGCAGAGUACUCUGUCUCUGACCAGGCCAGGCUGAAGGCUGGCGAUGAGAUCCCUGCGCUGCCGGGGCAACCUGUCGUCGGCUUCAGGCAGUAUGGUGGGUACGUGACUGUCGACGAAAAGAACGGCCGGGCGCUCUUCUACUACUUCGUCGAGGCAGCGAGCGACCCGGCGGCGAAGCCUCUCCUUCUGUGGCUGAAUGGAGGUCCUGGAUGCUCGUCAAUUGGCUACGGGGCGAUGAUGGAGCUGGGCCCGUUCCGCGUGAACAGCGACAACAAAACUCUCAGCACAAACAAGCACGCCUGGAACAACGUGGCUAAUGUUAUCUUCCUGGAAUCGCCUGCCGGCGUCGGGUUCUCAUACUCCAACACGACUUCCGACUACGACGACAGCGGAGACCAAAGGACUGCAGAUGACGCGUUUCUCUUCCUCGUCAACUGGCUCGAGAGGUUCCCCGAGUACAAAGGCCGCGCCUUCUACAUCUCCGGGGAGAGCUACGGCGGCCACUAUGUGCCGCAGCUCGCAGCCACCAUCUUGACUCACAACAUGAACAACCCCACAAGAACUUCCUUAAACCUACAGGGUAUCCUGGUCGGUAACCCAUUACUUGAUAAUAACAUGCGUGCAAAGGGGGCAGCUGUCUACAUGUGGAGCCAUGGGGUGAUAUCAGAUGAGGUGUGGGCCAACAUCACUAAGAACUGCAAAUUUGACGGGUCAGAUGGCGAUGCAUGCUAUUAUGCUGAUGUCCAUGAUUCUGGUAACAUUGAUCAAUACGACAUUUAUGGACCGGUUUGCAUUUUAGCAUCUGAUGGAACAUUCUACCCCAGUCGCAAUAUAGCAGGAUAUGACCCUUGCAGCAUCCAUCACGUAGACGCUUACCUCAAUGAUCCUGAGGUGCAAAAGGCUUUGCAUGCUAGAUCAACGAAGUGGUCACACUUGGUGCUCUUGGGCUGGAAGGAUUCGCCGGUUUCAAUGGUGCCAACACUCAAAUGGCUAUUGGAGCACCAACUCCCGGUGUGGCUGUUCAGCGGCGAUUUUGACUCCAUGUGCCCGCUCAUCGCCACGAGGUACACCAUCAAUGACCUUGGUGUCGCCGUCACGGAGCCAUUGCGCCCAUGGAGUGAAGGCAAAGAGGUUGGAGGAUAUGUUCAAGGGUACACGAGAGGGUUAGUAUUUGCAAUAGUGAGGGGAGCUGGGCAUAUGGUCCCUUCCUUCCAGCCCGAGAGGGCGCUCAUAUUGGUCAGCUCCUUUCUGAAAGGAAUGCUGCCACCCAAAAUGGCGCAGUGAUGUCUGAUAUAGGCAACCUGUGAAAAACUUGUGCAUGAAAUGCUUGAAAGCCACACAUCAGGUGCUGUGCAGCCAUAUAUGCUGUUACCUGUAUUAUAUGAGAUCAUAGUGUCGAUUCUGCUCUGUUUCA